AUGGUUUCCUUCUCAAAAAAUAAAGUAUUAUCCGCUGCCGUCUUUGCUUCUGUUCUAUUGUUAGAUAACAAUAACUCCGAAUUUAAUAAUAAUUCGUAUAGCAAAAAUGCAAAAGGAUUUAAUUCAAAUAAGAGAUUGUUACAAGAAACUCAAGCAGAUGUAGAUGAUAAUAAUCAUAACGUUCAUGUAGGUGCUGCCCAUCAUGCAGGUGCUGCUCACCAUGUAGGUGCAGCCCAUCAUGUAGGUGAUGCUCACCAUGUAGGUGCAGCCCAUCAUGUAGGUGAUGCUCACCAUGUAGGUGCAGCCCAUCAUGCAGGUGCUGCUCACCAUGUAGGUGAUGCUCACCAUGUAGGUGCAGCCCAUCAUGCAGGUGCUGCUCACCAUGUAGGUGCUGCUCAUCAUGCAGGUGCUGCUCACCAUGUAGGUGCUGCUCAUCAUGCAGGUGCAGCCCAUCAUGCAGGUGCAGCCCAUCAUGCAGGUGCUGCCCAUCAUGCAGGUGCAGCCCAUCAUGCAGGUGCAGCCCAUCAUGCAGGUGCUGCUCACCAUGUAGGUGCUACCCAUCAUGGACAUCAUUUUAACCAUGAUGAACACGAUUCACAUGAUUUACAUCAUUUCCAUCAUGCAAACGCUGUACAUAAUUUUGACGAUUCACACCACGAUGCCGCACACCACGAUGCCGCUCACCAUGAUGCCGCUCACCACGAUGCCGCACACCAUGAUGCCGCUCACCAUAAUACCACCAAGCAUUUCUUACACUAA